CCAAAUUCCACGACUGUUAUUUGUCCUAGAUUAGGUCCACCAAUAUGUAUGUUAUUCUUUUACUAAUAUUUUGUGUUUCCUGUGAAUUUGGACAAAUACACACUGGGGUGUCUAACCAGGAACUCCUACCUCGGGAAUGGAAUGAACUCGUAAUAUUUGUAAAUCAGAAAGUCGGCCAUUUUGAACGUCUGAUGAAUAUCAAAGACGGACACAUAGCUCAACUUAAAAGUGAACUACAGAACCAAAAUGCAGAGAUGAUGCAGUUAAAACAGGACGUGAUAUUACUUCAACUGGUGAAUUCUAAGCAUGCUGGGAUUGAAGGACAAACAGCACCUACCUUAGAAUCGAAGUCGGACGUGUUCGCCAAUUUGGAGGACAUUAAUUCAUCUAAUCUGUUUACAUCACGUGAAAAUACACAUAGGACAAAAUUUAUCGCCAACGAAUCUCUUACAUCUGACAAACGCCACGACUACACAAAUACAUCGGCAGACGGUAUUUCUAUCAUUCAACGUGAAGACAUACAAAAUCCACACGAUGCACAACUCGGUACCCCUUCACUUGAUGACUAUAAACCACAAUGGACUUCCUCGAAGACGUUCCGCCAUCGCCGUGUUCAUUUGAAAGACACUGAGGUACAGGGAUUCAAGCAAAAACGAGUAGCGACAGAACAGACGAUUGCCUUCCAUGCCUCGCUUUCACAUACUGUAGAUGCUAGUCCGCAUUCAACAGUUGUCUUUGACCAGGAACAGCUCGAUCAAGGAGACGGAUACAAUCCACUUGAUGGCAUCUACAGUGCCCCAGAGUCCGGAACCUACGUCAUUACUUGGACCCUCAUGGCAGAUCGGCAUGCAUCAUUUCAGUCACAGCUGAUUGUAAAUGGCGUUGCACUAGGAAACUCGUUCACAGACGCAGACGAGGUUGGAGACUUGCACCAAACAUCUGCCACCACCGUACUGGCUCUCAGCAAGGGAGACCAUGUAUUUGUUCGUGUAGGUCACAUCGCGAGAGGUCAAAUAUCUACAGAAGUCUCAAAUCCAACAUUUUCGGGAUGGAAGGCAAGUUAAGUUUCACAUUAAUAAAAACAAUAUUGUUAUUAUUGGCAAAAUAGAAGUGCUUUAUUGUUUCUUAUGAACAUUUGUAAAAGAUGUUGUAAAGUUCCAAAUUCAUUCAAAAGGUGUGAUUGAUUGGAAAAUAAAGUGCUAUUUUUUAUUU